AUCAGAUGCACUGUGAGCGCUGUCGGUGAAAGAAAGACAGUUGUCAGGGCUGUGAUUCCUGGCUGCGGCUGCUGCCUGGGAAAUGUGUGUCAACACCACACAAGCUGCUGUGCGGAGGAGGAGGACGCGCCUCUCUUUGUCCCUGCUCCGCUUGAUGCUGCCGUCUGCGAGAUGCCUUUGUGACAAACAGGAGUGCUCAUAAAACGUUGCUGUUUGCAUUGCCAUCUCCCCCCUCCAACCCAAACAACAACAACAACAGCAAAAUCCGGUCUCUGGUAUGUAGCAGUGAAAUUAUUGCUCCUUUCCCCGCUGCUAUAAGAUUCCAGGAUGAUCCAAGAGUGUAUUUACUGGAUUUGAGGGGUGUUGUUCGGGGGAGAAUUCCACCGCUGCCUCAAAACCAGCAGUUUUCAAUAUCCUGAGCUGACCCUACUGAACGUAUUACAUCAGGUCAGAAACAUUUUUGUUGCAGGAGCACAGCAGCCUAUUCUUUUCACAGGAAUGGUUUCAUCUACUGCUUGCUGUUAGCUUAAUAACCUUUUCCUACUUGAACUGUCCUUUCUGGCAGGUUAUUCUUUUCAUGGAAUCCCCUGGGGUUUGGCCAUGAGCUGAGAGUGCAAGAGACCACUAAACAAGAAAACCUCCAGAGAGCUUAGCGGAGCAACCUUAUUUAAGUAAUAAAAACCGCUGCGUUUGACGAGCCAGUAACGUAAAGCAAACAUUUAAAGCACAGAACGCCAAACACUUGUCCGUAAACCUAAGCCUUUAUGAGCAGCAGUUACAGUUAUAAAAGAAUAUGAUCCCUUUCUGAGCCUCCCAGCCUACCUGCAUCCCUGUGUUAAUUCAGGACGCUGCUGGCUGGGCUUUGUGAGUGUUGCAGGACUAAUCCCCGCGGUUCCUUGAUUAUGAGCAUGUGCAGAGCAGCCCAAGGUACAGCCGUGCAUGCAGAGCCAACACACAGAGACGUGCCUUGCAAUGCCACGUUGCUGCAUGUGUUCCCACAACUGAGAAGGAUACAGGGAGCCUGCCUGCCUUGCUGAUUUAUCUGAUGUGUUCUUGUUUCUGUUUCAGCAUUCAGGAGAAUUCCUUCAGCUCGACAGCUUUAGCAGAGUGUGACGGGGAUUCAGACUCUGUCCAUGAAGAUCAAGCAGGCAGUUCCAGUCCCAGAGAUGAUGAUAACAAAGAAAAUUAUCCGGACAACGGUGCUGUCUUAGAGGAAAGGCAGCUGCCUUUGCCAGACGCUCAGCAGCACAGGCAGCAGGCUGUGGUUGACUGUGCUCUAAAGCCUGAAAUGGGCAACUUAAAGCUGAGGAAACCCAAGCCCAUUGCAAAGCUAGAAAAUGGAAAAAGCCAUGAGGAAAGUCAGGAGCUGGAAUGUGCAUUGCCAGGCCUCCCAGAGUGGCAGGGGAAGGCUGGAUCCUCAGCUAAUGACUACACACAGAACGUGGCUCUGAGGUGCCAGGAAACAGUCGUGAGACUUCAACCAAGAAUAGAUCAGAACACAAGCAUUUCACCAAAGGAAGCAACCGAUCAAUGUAACAGCUUAAAUGAGAAUUCUUUGUUGAAGCUGCAAGCCCUGGAAAGCGAGCUGUGCUCUGCAUUCCUGCCAAACCAGGAGGAAACUCCCCAGCUGCCGGCGCCCAAGGACGCAGCCCCUCCAUCAGUGCAGACCGGCGUGCAGGCUGAUGGGGCCGGCGGCGGUGGAGAGCAAUAUCACUUCAUUUCUCCUAUUAUUGAUUUUAAUUUAAUGCAUCAGCAGAGAGAUAGCGAAGAGCCUGUGCCAGCCCACAGAGACUGGCAGAACGACAUGGAGAGCAGCCCACAGGAACAUCACUCCCUAGGGACCAGUCGACUGCUGUAUCACAUUACAGAUGGAGACAAUCCUCUUUUGUCACCACGCUGCUCUAUCUUUAGCCAAAGCCAGAGAUUUAAUCUAGACACAGAGUCUGCCCCUUCUCCACCAAGUGCUCAGCCUUUCAUGGUGCCAAGAAGUUCUUCCAGAUGUAACUGUGAAGACUGCAAAGAACCACAGACAGUAACACAACUUACCAAGCAUCUGCAGAGCCUCAAGAGAAAAAUUAGGAAGUAUGAAGAAAAGUUUGAGCAAGAAAAAAAAUACCUGCCUUCCCAUGGUGACAAGACUUCCAAUCCUGAAGUUCUGAAAUGGAUGAAUGCUUUGGCCAAAGGUCGGAAGCAGCUCAAAGAGCUGAAACUCAGAAUUUCAGAAGAGCAAAACUGCACCUCCAUAGCACCCCAAAGAAAUGACCAUUGUGAAAGCACUGGGACCUCUAAAGAGGCUGGCACACAGGAGGCCACGAGCAUGGAACCAGCUCCCUCAGUGGAAGAAACCAUGGAUAGUGUAUUGAGACGACUAAAGGAGAAAAGACAACACUUUCACCUUCCUGAGACUAUUAAGGAUAUGACAAAAAAGCAAAUGGCUUUGGAAAAAAUCAAUCUUCAGAAAUGUCUACUGUAUUUUGAGAGUAUUCAUGGAGAGCCUGUCACUAAGCAAGAAAAGAGUCUCAUGAAACCUCUUUACGACAGAUACAGAAUUAUCAAGAAACUUCUUGCAGCUCCAUCUUUGAUCACAACAAUUCAGGAGGAGGAAGACUCAGAUGAAGACCAUUCUCAAAGCAGCCAUGAGUUUUCAUCCGGUCCAAUGUCUUGCUUCCCUGUCGAAGAGCACCUGUGUUACUCUCAGGAGGAGAGUGAGCCUGCACAUGUCUCACCUCUGGAUGAAAAGAAAGUUUACAGGCAAACAGCCUUGUCGAUGUCCAAUUUACACGAGGCAACAAUGCCUGUUCUGCUUGAACAUCUUAGAGAAACAAGAGCUGAUAAGAAAAGACUUCGCAAAGCUCUGAGAGAGUUUGAGGAGCAAUUCUACAAACAGACAGGAAGGAGUCCUCAAAAAGAAGAUCGGGUGCCAAUGGCCGAGGAAUACUCCGAAUACAAGCACACAAAAGCCAAAAUCAGGCUCCUGGAGGUUCUCAUCAGUAAGCAUGAUAUUUCCAAAACGAUUUGAAGUGAAUGCAAUGCUGUGAUAUUGUUCUCUAGCAAAAAACCAAGUAAUGAAAAAGAUAAAGUAAUUUUACAGGUCUUAGUCUGCUGCACAAUUAUUUGACACACUGAGAUUUUUGAUGCACUUUACCAAUUAUAAUAGCUGGGAUGAGAGAGGACAGCAAUAUGCAAGAAUAUUAAGCACGGGUGAGUGGACUAUAGUAUAUAUUUUUCCUUUUGAGAAAGCCUUGAAGUGCACUGUGAGAAUGUUAAGAAAUGAAGAGGACACUGAAGUGUUGUAGCUCCUCAGUUUGACCUGCUCUAAAAGUGUGAGGAAAUGCUCUCCAGGUUUUUAGUACAUCUUAGUACAUGAUAAUGUACUACGUUUGUUUCCAGAAUUAACAUGCACUAGAAUUAACUAUUAAUGACAGCUCUCAAUGUGCUGAUUAAAGGAAAUGAAUUAAAACAAAUUAAGGGAAAACUCCAGACAUACUCUGGCUUUCAAGACAGAGAUGCCAUUCAAUUCCAGUAGCUUCAAAGAAAGGUGCAUAGAAAAAAACCAGUGCCAGGGAGUAGAGCAAAGUGAUGCUGCUUAUGCAAAAAAAAAAAAAAAAAAGGACAGAACAUGUUGGCCAAAUGGAACUAUUGUUUUUUUAGAGAUAAGAGAAAAAAAUAGAGGUUACUGGGAAGAGAGAGACCAAAUGUACCGGCUGCUGUCCUUUUCACUAGUUCACAGGACCUGGCUCACAGAACUUAAUAAGUAGAUCAACUAACUACAUGCUAAUUUUGAUUUUUGUACGAAACCUUGCACUUUGUUUUGCCUGAUGCUAUAACAUUCGCUUUUCUGACUACCAAAGCUCGUUUAGACGCAUGCACUUUGUAAAAUGUUGAAGUACUUCUUGUGUUAUAAAUUGCCACAUAUAUAUAUAUUAAAACAGGACUAGAUGAUUGCAUUAUGCUAAGAUAUUUUGGAUAGGUAAAGUACAUGGUAUAUAAGUGAGUGUCACAGUUAUCUGAUGAGGACUGCUAGACUUCUUGUUUACUGAAAAUAAGAUUAUAAAGUUAUUUUUCCAUUGGAAUUAUGCGUAUUUCUUAACUUUCAGAGCACCACACUUUGUAUUAUUAAAGAGAAUUUGUCACUCUUUGUGAUAGAGCAUUGGUGUGAAAAGUGGACUGUUUAACAGAAGGAUUAUCAGCAGGUUUUGUAUUAGAAAUGAAAAGCAGUGGGAUUCUGGGAAAUACCUAGCCCAGACAUAAAGGAGGGAAGAAUUAAUUAAAGAGAGAAAAAGGGACUUGAGUAAGUUGAAUCAUGUUUAGUGUUUUGCUUUAACUGUCAUUUUGUAUUGACCACAUAGUAUAAGCAAUCUGUUUUCUAUCUUGGUAAGAAGAUUUUGAUUUUAUAAAGCCUGUUAUCUACCAACCACGUUUGUACUUAUCUUGCGUGUAAUGGCAUGAUUUUGAAGAUGGACACAUCUUCAAGUAGUUUGGAGGAAAAAUAUGAACACUAAAAAAGGAAUUUUUUAUUUCACAGAGGGUUGUUUGUUUCAGUGUACUGACUUAAUAAUUUAUAACUUAACUUUUAUGAAUCAGAAAUGGUCUUCAUAAAUCUGUUUUAAUUGAAGUCAUCUAGAGCAACAGGAACAGAUACAGAGCUAUUUGAAGUUUACAAACUACAUCUUUGAUAAGGGAAAAUGAUUUAAUGAUAUAUGUAUACAAUUGAUAUUAAAAUGUAAUCUAUAUAUUCUAUAUGAUUGUAUAAUAUUUUAUACAACAGUACAAAUAAAAUAUUUUUCUAUUAUA